AUGACGCUUCUUGUCGCAGCCCUGUUGGCUGUGCUGAAAUUCACUGUUGCUUCAAGCAAUUCCUGUCCUGUCAUCACACAGCAGCUCAGCGAUCCGCCUUACGAGAAUUAUUUCUACUCCGACUGCAACACUGAUGCGCAGGUUGUCGUCACAAGCCCUCUUCCUGACAGUAAUCUUUCAAUCAUCGGCCCGCGACUCAUUGUUGCUUGGCCUGCAGGGAAUAGUGGAAUAUGUACUUUUUUUCAACCCCAGGAUGAGAAGAAUGGCACACUUGCUGUUGAAUUGGUGAAUUCGACCUUGGGAUCUCCGCUUGGCGUCAUAAAUAGUAAGGACAAGAAUUCGGAGUACCCUUUUGUUGGAGUCGAGGGUGUUCUCUCAUUCAACACUUCCGCAAAUCUGACGAUUGCCAUUCUUGGGAGUAUCCGGAAUAUCCGGGACUUUACUGAAGGACCCAGCAUCGUUAACCCGACCAUCCAAAAUGCGACGAACAUCACCAGCGUCAAGAAUGGAGGUGUUCUGGUCUCUCGAUUAUGGCUGGACAAUAUCACAACGACAAAUCUCGUGCUGGAACCGUGGGAGAACAAAAAUAACGCCAUGACAAUCGACAACAAAAUCAUAAGCUUUGGUGCAGGGUUUUAUCGGUUUUCUGCAUCCUUCAACUACCCUCAGCUGAAGCAACUAUCUCCUCAACAGGUCAUAAACAACCAAUCGCGAUCUCUAAUAAAACAAGAGCCGUCUCAAGUUCGAUCAUUAUCCUUCUUUUCGUACACCGACAAGCUGCUCGCUGGCGGAUGGCGCUUUUUGACAUACUUUGGCCGCGACACCAUGAUAGCUGCUCUCCUGCUAGAGCCUGUCCUUAGCGCUGGUAACAAUUCCGCCUUGGAAGCUGUCAUUGGCGCAGUUCUCGAGCGAAUUAAUCGCACGGAUGGAUCUGUCUGCCACGAAGAAACCAUCGGCGAUUAUGCGACAUUGCUCAACCUGCAGAAAGGAAUCGUGUCGACUGCUCCGGGCUUCACAUACCCCAUGAUUGACACUGACUAUUUCUUGCCUGUUCUCAUGGAUCGCUAUUUCAGCGCGCUGCCCUCUCGAGUCAAGCCAUUGUUGAGCACAAAAGCUGGCGACGUCGACGUUGAGAACCGAAACCUGACAUGGGGCAACCUGAGCUACACCAAUGCCCAGAAGAUCAUGAACAUCACGGAAGCUUUUGAGAAAGAUCAGUCGGUGAAGAACUUGAUCCAGCUGAAGAAGGGCGAACUUGUCGGCCAAUGGCGAGACUCAAGUUACGGACUUGCGAACGGACGCAUCCCGUUUGAUGUGAACUGCGCUCUUGUCCCAGCAGCGCUCUACGCCAUUUCCAAUCUUGCCAAGAUUCCUGGUGUGUAUCCCAACAAUUCCGUUACAAAAGACUGGAGUGAGAUUGCUGCAAAACGAGCAAAGGUGUGGGAGGAUAACACUCUUCCAUUAUUCCAGUACAACGUCAGCGUCGAUACGGCAAAGUUAAGGCUGGAUGAUUACGUUGAUACAAACACGUUCUACAAUGGACCGACACAUGCUGACUCACUAGCAAACUAUACGUCCUCUGGAAGAGUGGUUGACUAUGCUAUGGCGAUCAACACCACUGCGAAACCAGACAAAAUAGCCAUCACGCAUACCGAUACUGCGUUCCGCCUGUUCCUUCUCAACUCAACCAACGAUGCCCAACUGACAAGAUUUCUGAAUGCCACGGCAAACGCAAUCCUUCGUCCAUUCCCUGCAGGCCUGAGCACACCUUAUGGGAUAGUGGUAGCAAACCCUGCAUUGGCCGACAAUAAAGAAAUCACCGCUGGUUUUACAAACUCCGCUUAUCACGGGACUGUUAUAUGGAGUUGGCAGCUGGCGCUCAUGGCCAAAGGUCUCGAACGCCAGCUUGCACGUUGUCUUUCAUCUGCUAAUGAAUCUGAGAACACUCCAGCAUUCUGCGGAAAUGAUGGAGUGCAUAUCGCGUUGAAGCGUGCAUACAAUCAUUUAUGGGACAUCAUUGACGAUAACAGCGACAGAUUGCAGUCGGAAGUCUGGAGCUGGAGCUAUAGUUCCAAAGGCGGUUACAAGUUUGCACCCUUGGGUACUCUGCCGCCACCGCCUGGGUUGGGAUCUGGAACAGAGAGUAAUGUUCGUCAGUUGUGGAGUCUGACGUUUCUUGCAGUCAAGAGGAAUAAGGAUUUUGCAUGA